AUGAAUUACAGUAAUCGCAAUGAGUACGCCAACUGCGCCAACAAUCCGCUGGGACUGAUUGUUGAUAAAAAUGGAACCGCAACCGGAAUCACAGAGGAUCAAGCUUUUGGUUAUACUAAAAUAUUCAAUCAAUUCGACUUCUCCUGCGGAGCUGGAUUUUCCGAGUUCACGAACAACGAUGAGUGUGCGUCGACCGUUUUUCUCACUGGCAUAAACGACAUGAGAACUUGCGACAGUAAUUUUGCUUCCUCCCUCAAAAGGGACUCAGAGCCGAGCAACACUUGCGCAUACGUUGAGGUGGCCAAGGAAUGCUACAUGACAGCGUUCAGCAAAAGAUGCGGCCAAUAUCCAGAAGUGGUAUGGUGGGGAUGUAAUUACGAGCGCAUCGGUACGCAAACCAAUUAUCCACAAUGCAGCCAGAUUUUCUGUACUUGUAAGUUUUACUCGUCUGCACAAAAUCUAGGUUUAACUUUUCCAAACAUUUGAAA